CCAAGAAACUAGUACAGGCAAGAAAUAAGAGCAGCGAACCUCCAUUUCCCAGCCCUAAAAAUCAUCCCUUUUUUAACAUUCUCUUCUCCGCCAUCAAUCAAUCCAUCAAGAAAAGCAAUGGCUACCAAACAGCAAGCGAACUGGUCCCCCUACGACAACAACGGAGGUACAUGCGUCGCAAUCGCAGGUGCUGAUUACUGCGUCAUCGCUGCUGACACCCGCAUGUCCACCGGCUACAGCAUUCUCACCCGCGACUACUCGAAGAUCUCGAAACUAGCAGACAAAUGUGUAAUGGCUUCUUCGGGCUUCCAAGCUGACGUGAAAGCCCUUCAAAAGAACUUGGCAGCCAGGCACUUGAUCUAUCAGCAUCAACAUAAUAAGCAAAUGAGCUGCCCUGCAAUGGCUCAGCUCCUCUCCAACACGCUUUACUACAAGCGUUUCUUCCCAUACUAUGCUUUCAAUGUCCUAGGGGGACUUGAUAACGAAGGAAAGGGCUGUGUCUUCACAUACGAUGCAGUUGGAUCGUAUGAAAGAGUCGGAUACAGCUCCCAAGGUUCUGGUUCUACCCUCAUCAUGCCUGUCCUGGAUAACCAACUGAAAUCUCCAAGCCCCCUUCUGUUACCUGCUGUGGAUGCGGUGACUCCGCUGUCGGAGUCGGAAGCAGUUGAUAUGGUUAAGGAUGUUUUUGCAUCUGCGGCCGAAAGGGAUAUCUACACUGGAGAUAAGGUAGAAAUAGUCAUUGUAAAUGCUGGAGGUAUUCGACGAGAGUACACAGAUCUCAGGAAGGACUAAUCACCCACCUACCUGCUGCCGCUACAGUUAGAAUUACCGACCAAAAUAUGGAAGUUAGUAUUAUGGCAGAUGUUUGGUAUUUUAUUGGGAAGAUUUGGCGAUUGUUAUGCUGUUAGAUUUUGAAAUGGAAUCAUGUGGAACAGCUGCCUCCAAUAUUCUUCCAAAGAAGUACCCAGCAUCCGACAUGUUUCUGUGUUCUUGAAUAGUCGGUGCAUGCAUUUUACUUGUUCUUUGACUUUUCUUUUAAGAGGAUUCUGAUGCCCCGACAACCUGUUUGGGAUGGUUAGAUCAUCCCUUGUAUCCUUGUUUUUUUUUCUUUGGAUUCCACAUCCAGAGGGUUUUUAUUCUGAAGAAGUCUGGCUGUUUCCCUUCUUA